UGCUGUUUCAGGCUCAUCACUGGACACUUGUGUUAUGGAGCAGUGGUAGACCAUAUGGUCUCCAUUGCUCUCUGAGGCUGAGGGCCUCCUCUGUUGCUGUGAUCAUUAGUCUCUUUGGGGUGUCGACAGAUCCAGCUUCCGUUAGCCAUUCGUCGGUUCUUCUUUAGAUCCGUCACUUCUCCAGUCUACAGGAGUCACUGUGACGGAACAGGAACUCAACAGAUUUUUGGAGGAGAAAUGGAAUUUUCCACUACCAUUUCUGUUCAAUUCUUUCUGGCGAACAAACUAUGGUUUUUCGACUGACUGAGAAAAAAUUUGCUCGUCUUUGACGAGAAACCUCUCUUAAGCCAUUUCCCUUGGAACAUCUAUCAAUGUCACAUGACUUUGACAACCGUACGCUGACACCUUUAAAGCCUUUGAGCUUUUCAGACCUUUGAAGAUGGGGAUUGGUAUUUCAUCUCCAUCCUCGGACUACGAGAUGGAGCAUUACCUGGGCAGUGGCGCCUACGGAGCGGUCGUCCAGAGCAAGAAACUGACCACCAAUGAGACGGUGGCUUUAAAAGUCAUCAAGAACGAGAGAUACAUGGAAGUAGCAAAGAAAGAGGUGGAGAUACUUCAGUACUUGAAGGGACUUGGCUCAGACAAGUUCAACAUCGUCAUGUUGAACGACUCCUUCACCCAUGUGGGAUGUUACUAUAUGGAGUUUGAGAAACUGGAUAUAAAUCUAACCGACUUCUUGCGGAAGAAGCCACGUCGCUCCCUGGAACAAAAGGAAAUUUGUCCCAUCGUGCAUCAGCUGGCCACAACUCUGGACUUUCUUCAAAGUGUGGGGAUUGUUCAUGCAGACCUAAAGCCAGAAAAUAUUAUGAUCGUGGAUGAAGGACAAAAACCUGUGAGGGUCAAAAUCAUUGACUUUGGUUUGGCCCUAAAAAAUCCAGAGGAACACAGAGGAGCAGUUCUUCAGACCCUUUGGUACAGAUGUCCAGAGGUCCUGCUGGGAGCUGCCUUUAGUGGAGCGAUAGAUGUUUGGUCUUUGGGUUGCAUUGUUGUGGAAAUGUUUACCGGUUCUGCUCUGUUCCCUGGAGAGAAUGAAAACGAAAUGAUAAAACACAUUGUUCUCGCCUUUGGAAAUCCACCAGAAUAUCUGCUAAAUUCAGGGCUGAAUACCAUGCAAUUCUUCAACAAAAAUGAUGGAGAAGAGGAACCAUGUGGCCCGUGGACAUUGAGGAGAGACACUCAAAUAGAAAAUGUAAGCUUCAUUCCACAGAGGACUCUGGAUUUCCUCAACAUGUUGCGUGAAAACGUGUCCGAUGAAAAUGGAGGUGAAAGCGAGCGAGAUAGUUUUGUCGAGCUGGUAGCAGACAUGCUGAAGCUGGAUUCAGCUAAAAGGAUCUCGCCGAGCGAAAUUCUUCUGCAUCCGUUUGUCGCCAAGAGCCAUCUGGCGGACAAUAGCAUCCAUGAGAAGUCCUCCAGCAGUGCUGGAAGUAAAACAAAAAUAGACCAAAAUGAUAACGCAGAAUCUGGAAACAGAAGCCCAGACGCCAUCCCAGCUAAAAGGAGAAAGGACUGUGAAGAUGUGGAGAUGACAUGUGCACAGACGAGCCCAUCAAUGUCACCUUCACAGAAAUGACAAAGAGAUGAUGUUGUGAUAUAGAUAUGAUCGGAUGAAACCGCAAACCUCAGCAAAGAAGAGGAGAAUAAACCGUAACCCAGUGACCAAAGAGAGCAAAACUUGGUCUGCCUCAUCAUUUACAGUAGGAUGUUGACGUCAGGAAGAGGAGGAUGGACGAUGAAGAGGCUUCAGAAUCAGACAAAGCCUCCCCUUAUAAAAAAAAGUAAGAGAGGAUGUCUCUCUAGCUUUGGGGGAAAAAACUAUUUUUGUCGUCAAUAGUUGCCUUACCGCUUUCAGGUGGCCAAGUAAGAAACAUAAACUCUCUUCCAGCUAGCUCCUAUCCUCACUCAGACGUUUGACAAGUCUCCCGAACUCUGUGUGUGGCUUCUUCCUGCUUCAAAUGAUCCAAUCAUCCUGAUGCCCAAGAAACCCGCCAUCAGGCUCAUUGCCCUUAUCAGGAAAUAACUUGAAUGACCGAUCUGAAGUACUUUCUAGGCCCCUUGUUGAACCUUUUGUUGAAGAAGCAGUCAACAUGGAAUGGUACUUUGUCCUGCAUUUCCUACGGCAACAUAAGAAGUCCAGCCUGCCUCAGGGGCCGAGGGUCAUCGAACAAUCCGAUAUGGAUUGAAGAUUGGUGUCACUGGCCCUUCCUUCCUGCCAGCAGGACUUGUACCGGGCAGCUAACACCUCUCCUGUCUACCCACAUCCCUGACAUGAUGUGUCCGGCAAGGCGGUACAAACCUCUACAUGCAAAAAGCCAUGCACCACAGAUGACUGUUACUGUGAACUAGAACGAAUAAAAUUAACUGGAAU